AUGCUGUCCGAAACCCCCUCGACAAAGACGGUCAAGCGCGCCUCGCGGGUACUUAUCGAGAAGUACUACCCACGUCUCACUCUCGACUUCCACACCAACAAGCGUCUUCUUGAUGAGGUCGCGUCCGUCCCCUCCAAGCGUCUGAGGAACAAGAUUUCCGGCUUCACCACCCACCUCAUGAAGCGUAUCCAGAAGGGACCCGUCCGUGGUAUCUCUUUCCGUCUGCAAGAAGAGGAGCGUGAGCGCAAGGACCAGUUCGUUCCCGACGUGUCUGCCCUUGCUUCCUCCGCCGACGCCCCGAUCGAGGUCGACAGCGAGACCAAGGAUCUCCUCAAGUCGCUCGGCAUGGACUCUAUCCCCACCACCGUCCAGAACGUUACCGCGUUUGCACCCCGCGAGAGGAAGGGGCGGUACGUGCCCGGUGCAGGCCGUGCUUAG